UUGGAGUAUAGUGACCCGAUGACUCAAUAACGGUGAUGUGGCAUCAACUGACAGACGUUAACAAGGACAACUCUACCAUUGCCCAUGAUAGAAAUCAGCCUAUCGCAAUCGUUGGCAUAGGUUGUCGUUUCCCAAAUGGAGCAAACGACGUGGCUGCGUUUUGGAAGCUGCUUUCCGAAGGAGCUGAUUGUACUACACCUACUGAAGAUCGUUUUUACGACGCGUCAAGGUACUACAACCCAAUUAAGAAGAUGCCUGGUAGAAUGUACAACCGUUGUUGCGGAUACUUGACGACGCCUGUUGAUCACUUUGAUCGCAAGUUCUUCAAUAUGUCGCCCACUGAAGCCAGUCAUAUGGAUCCCCAAGUACGGUUACUUCUUGAAGUAACUUGGGAAGCUUUGGAAGACGGUGGCAUGCCAGCCAGCAGUCUGAGGGGAAGUAACACAGGAGUGUACAGUGGACUUCUAACUGAUGAAUAUUCAGCGUUUUGUACUGAGCCUUAUCAAAACAUGACCGCAUACACUAGCUCAGGCAACAACCCGUGUAUGAUGUCUAACCGAAUUUCUUACCAGUUUGACUUUCGCGGUCCUAGCUUAUCCAUCUCUACGGCUUGUUCCUCUUCACUUUACGCCAUUCAACUUGCCUGCGCCGCAUUGCGUCGCGGAGACUGUGAUUUGGCCUUGGCAGGAGGAGUAAACCUUCUACUUCUUCCUGUACUAAAUAUAGGCAUUUCACAGGCACAGAUGAUGUCAGUCGACGGCAAAUGUAAAAGUUUUGACGCUUCUGCCGAUGGCUAUGCAAGAAGUGAAGGAGCGGCAAUGGUCGUGUUGAAACCACUUUCAAUGGCCCUUGCUGAUAAUGACGGCAUCUACGCCAUCAUACGUGGCGGUGCUUUGGGUAAUGACGGUAAGACGUACGGUGUCGCUCAGCCUAGCUACGAAGGUCAAGUUGCAGUACUGGAGAGAGCUUACAGAAACGCGGGCGUGCAUCCUUAUAAGGUGAAUGUUGUUGAAGCUCAUGGAACGGGAACACAAGCUGGUGAUACAACAGAAGCCAGCGCACUGGGCCAAGUGUUGGGCAAAUGUCGAGAUCAAACUCAACCAAGUCUUUACGUCGGUUCGGGCAAGUCCAACUUUGGACACACUGAAGGUGCGGCUGGCGUCGCUGGAGCUAUCAAGGCCGCCCUGCAGUUGCGCAUGAAACAAAUAGCGCCAGUUGUUCAUUUCAAGAAUCCCAAUCCGAAAGUCAAUUUUGAUGCUUUGAAACUGAAAAUUCCAACUUGUCUUACUGAGUUUCCUUGUCACGACGGUCCAGCGUUGAUUGGCUGUAGUUCGUUUGGAUUUGGUGGCGCAAAUGCUCACAUUGUGAUGCAAGAAGCUCCCACACCACGUCGGAUAAGGACCACUCCAUCUUCUGAUUAUGGAAAUGAAAACAUUACAGAAGGGGCUUCCGCCCAGCUUUUGGUAAUCUCUGCAGCUUCACCCGCUGCCUUGAAAGAACAUGCACGUAACUGGGCUACUUUCCUGCUUCAAACAGCGGACAGUGUUCAGAUAUUUAGAGAUAUCCUCUACAGCGCCGCUCUUCGGGCUCAUCAUCACUCUCAUCGCUUAGCUGUUGUUGCUCCAACUCCACAAGAAACGGCCAGUGUUCUGCAUGACAUUUGCAAUGACAAAGGUUCAACAAGUUGCAUAACAGGCACAGUCAUGGGCGAACAAGCUCGUCGGCCCCUUGUCUUUGUAUACUCCGGAAUGGGAACACAGUGGUGGGCAAUGGCAAGGCAACUGAUUAAAGAACAACCACUGUUUGCACACAAAAUUGGAGAAAUUGGAUGUUUACUGAAGAAAUGUGGUGCUAAAUGGUCACUGAUAAAGGUGUUGACCGAACAGCAAGAGAACAGCAUUAUUAAUCAGCCAGAUAUUGCUCAACCCUCCAUUUUUGCCGUCGAAGUGGCGUUAACAGAACUGCUGCGAGCUAGUGGUAUAUCUCCGUCUGUUGUGGUGGGGCACAGUGUUGGAGAAGUAGCCGCCAGUCAUGCGGCCGGAGUUCUCACUCUACCGCAAGCCGUCAAAGUCAUCUACCAUCGCGGUCGUUUACUAAGAAGAACUGCAGGAAACGGCACAAUGCUUGCUGUUCUUUCAGACGUAGAAACCGUAAAGAGACACCUUCCACCUCGAUCUCAAUUUUUCAAAGAAGAAGAAGAUGGACCUCAAUUUGAGAAUAUUGAUAUUGCUGCUGUCAACAGUCCCAGUCAGGUCGUAUUGUCUGGUAGCAAGUCUGCUCUAGAGCAAGUGGAAGCAACUCUGAAGAAGUCGAACAUAAGGGCCGUUUUCUUACACGUCAACAAUGCGUUUCACAGCUACCAGCAGGCAGGUCUACAAGCAUCUGUCUUGAAGAAGCUUCGAAAGCUUCAAUCUGUCAUUGAUGCUACUUGUUCCAUUCCGAUGGUGUCUACAGUUACUGCCGACUAUGUGACGUCAGAAAUGGUUGCAUCCGCAGAGUAUUGGUGGACUAAUAUUCGAUGUCAAGUGAGAUUCAAAGAUGCCAUCGAGAAUCUCUUGAACGAUGGUUUCAAACACUUUAUAGAAAUCGGUGCCCACUCCGUUCUCGUGCCUGCCAUGAAGCAAAUAUUUUCCGCCUUGGGACUAAGCCAAGAAACCCAUGCAAUACCAACGCUGAGACGUUCAAAGGACAUUUCACAAGUUGCCAAUGACCGUCACAACUUUCUUUACUCCUUGGGUUCUCUCCACGUCACGGGAGUUACUGUCGACUUUGCUGCUCUCUAUAGGCCGAACGAUCACACUUUUACACCUCUACCUCUGUAUCCUUGGCAGCGUGAGCUCUGUUGGACAUGUGACCCAAUCUUCAAAAACAGAAUUCUGUUUCCUGUAACGAGUCAUCCUUUGUUAGGACAGCGACGUGCUGUAAAUCCAAAAUGCGUAGAAGAAGAGUCGGUUGUGUGGAAGUGUAGCUACGACGGUGCGACUUUGCCGUGGCUUGCCGAUCACGCUAUCCAAGGAAACAUUGUUAUACCAGCUGCCGCUUAUCUCGAGAUCUGCUACGAAGCUGCCAAACAGCUGGUCGAUUCUGCGUCUUUUCUCCUGACCAAUGUCACGUUGGAGCAUUUUUUGUUUGCCAUUGACAGCAAAGCUACGGUCACCACAGUUGCUGAACGUCGAGGGUGCUCAACAUACUCGAUAGGCGUAUACACGCAGCAUAUUAACGGAACUUGGCAACGUCAUUCUCACAGCACCAUUAGCACUCGACAGCAAGAUGAUGUUGCUUUGCCUAUUGACGAGCUUGAUGCAGUGAAAGAACGAUGUGUACGCCGCCUGUCGAUGGAUGACUUUUACAAGAUGGUUAACAGCAACGAAAGUUCGUUUGGAUUCACUCUGCGUUCUACUUUCCAGGGAGUAAAAUACGCACUGAUGAACAACGAGUACUCGGAGUGUUUGGCUUUAGUAGAGGCUCCCCCUGGCGUAGAACAAGAAAUCCAUAGAUUCAAUUGCCAUCCAGCUCUUUUGGAUACAUGUUUGCAAACAUUUGGCGUAACGCUUUCCCUUUACAACAAAAGGGCUACAAAUUUUUCCAAUGCUGCGAAGAAAGAAAUUGUUUCAGUUCCUCAGUUUGUAGGAGGAUUCAAGGUCAAUGGUCUUAUGCCACUAAAGUUUUGGGUGCUUGUCAAGUUACAGUGGAUUGCUGGGACUGAGAAAAGGAAGCGCUCUGGUACGGUAACAGUUAUUGAUCAUGAAACAGGUAACACUGUUGUCCAACUGACAGGCGUGACGGUAACUAGCAUCUCAGAGGCUAACGUCGAACGACCUCACUUUUGGGGAUUUGAAUGGAAACGAUUGUCGCAGCUAUCUUUGUCUGGAAGUGAAAAGAUUGAUGUUAGUCGCACGUUUGCAAUUUUUGCAACAACUGGCACUUUGGGUCAAAGACUGAGCGAUGAUCUAUCUCAGCAAAGCGUCACUAAUGAACUAUUUGAAUUUGACGAUACAGAUAAUGCAAAGGAGCUUCUGCAAUCAGCGACUCAUUUUACCGACAUAGUUAUGUUGACAAUAGAAGGAGUUAAACAACGUUUACUGUCUCACGAUGACAUUACCACAAUGACGUAUGAGCAGUUUCAAGAAUACCAAAGGCGUUUCUGCUGGCCGGUAAUACAUUUGGUUCAGGAACUGGCCCAGCAGUAUCCUAAUUCUGUGCCUAACGUAUGGAUAAUAACAGCUGGAUGCAAGCCUGUCGAUGACAAAGGAAAAAUCGAUUCUCUACAAAGUACAGUGGCAGCUUUAGCAUUGACUGUCAGCCAUGAACAUCCCGACAUUCCCCUCACAUUGAUUGAUUUACCAUUGAGUAUGUCAGACAAGGAAACAACUCUGACUCUGAUCUGUUAUCUGUCCAGUAAUCCUAGCUAUGAAAAUGAAGUCAGUUUACAGCUCACUCCAGACGGUCGUGAUAUCAAUGUGUAUGUAGCGCGUGUCCGUGAAAUCGACGAAAACGAAGUGAAUGGUGACGAUUCAGAACAAACGAAUUGGAAUUUGAUUAAAAAAGGAAGAGAUAGAGCUACAGGCACAAUCACAGCGGCUCCUUUCCUGUUAGACCAUAAUCUCACUGACUGCCACAUCUUGGUCAAAGUGGACUCCUUUAUUCCGGUAGAUCACAAUAUUCGAGUGACGCAAACACAAUCCGAUUUUACUGGUGAGAUAACGGGAUGGUUUUCCGGUUCCGUUGUAAGAUCAAGUAAAGGCAAGUUUGAAGAAGGGAACUGCGUUACUGGUCUUAGUUCACAGAUCGGCAAGUAUAUUCUUGUGUCUGAAGACGUCAUCGCAUCAAAACCACAAGCGAUGUCUCACGAAGAAGCCGUUUGGACCGCUAAAGAAAUGUUACAGCCGUGGUUAUCUUUGACAAUGGGGGCCAAGUGUAAAGCCGGAGACAUCGUGUUGAUCUACGUCGAUGAGAAGAGCAACACGCUGCCUGCAUGUCAGGUAGCUAUUAGUCUAGGUGCUCGCGUACUAGUUGUAGCUGACGACCGCUUCAUAGCUAGAAUUUCUUCUCUCCGCAGUUGCAGUGUCGUCAGCAAGAGAGAAUUAGCCACUGUUGGUGAAACGAUGCAGACCUUGUUUGGAAGUGCGAAAGCAGAAGUACUUCUGUUUGGAUCAGCCGAAGUAGACGAUGAAAUGCAAACGCUCACCGAUGUUUUGUGUUCCUUUGGCUCUGUUGUUGUAUAUAGUCUGAGGUAUGCCGACAAAUUAGACCAACGCAAGGACGCCAUCCAGUUGGUGUAUGUCAACCCAUCACUGACGAUCAGAGAAUGGAACUCCAAGUCGAAAAUCGUCAGUGCCUACUCCAUCUUCAUGACGUUUGCUUCAGAAGCUAUCAACGAGUGGCGAAGAGCCCCCGUUAAAACGCAAAGCAUUUCCCAGUGGCAGCGGAUGAUGCCUGGGCGUGCGCACGUUCCGACUACAUUCGUUCAUGAUAUCGUUACCAAAAUAGACCAAGCAGUCAAUCCAUGCUUGCCGCGCACUGCGCAUUUCUUUGUUUCUUCGGUCGAAACAUAUCUUAUUACUGGCGGUCUGAAAGGAUUCGGACUCGGCCUUGCUAGAUGGCUAGUAGCGAAAGGCGCCAGGUAUGUAGCAUUACUCGGUCGCAGCGCUCCUACGGAUGAGGCGUUGAGCACCGUCCGUAAACUACAAAACGGCGAUGGUGUCGUCAAAGUGAACAUUUUCCAAGCCGAUGUCGCUAAUGAAGACGAUUUAGAUGAUGCAUUCUACAAAAUUUGCCAAUCUAUGCCACCAAUUGGCGGAAUAUUCCACUGUGCUGCAGUCUACGCUGACAGCUGGUUAGUGAAGAUGAACGAAGAAACUUACUUUAAGGUGCUCAUGCCCAAGGCAUACGGUGCUAUUCUUCUUCAUCAACAAACUGUGAAAAGGCAAUUGCCGAUCAAGCACUUUGUUCUUAUUUCGUCGGUCACCUCUCUCUUUGGCAAUUCUGGACAAGGUAACUAUUGUGCAGCCAACAGUUUGCUCAACGCCUUAGCUGAAUGGCGCAUUCAACACAAACUACCGGCAACCGCCAUUCUGUUUGGUCCCAUUGGAGACGAAGGAUAUGUGGCUCGCAGUCAAAAAGUGAUGAAAGAGCUAGAAACAAAAGGAUUCUCUUCGCUCACUCUAGAUGAGGCAGUGGAUGCGAUGGCUCGAGUGCUGUGUCUCAACAUCGCUUCUAUUGGUAUACAAGGUAAUGCAGAUGUCAAAUUGAUGGUUUGUAAUUUCAUGACUUCACAUGGACCAAUGAAGUUUUCACGAAUGAAAGACUUUGCUGUCGCUGCAGUAAACUCAGAACCAGAUUCCGCUAAAAGUGAACACAUGAUCUCUUUGAUAACUCUUUCAGCAGAAGAAAGAGUUCCGUUUGUAGUCAACAUGUUGUCCAAAUGGCUCGAAACCAAUGUAGGCAUUGAAAGCGUCCAACACGACGACGUGCUCGUUUCUAUUGGGGUAGACUCUAUUACAGCCAGUGACCUAAGCAGUCAUUUGAGUCAGAAGCUCAACAUUUUGGUUCCUCCCGUUCGUUUGUUAAAUGAUCGUUGUACAGUUAAGAGUUUAGCUCGUACUGUCGUUGACAUGGCAGAGCAAGAAACGGAAGAAUCAAGUGGUGAUCAUCUCGAUAUCAAUAACUGUAAUCCAGAGAAUGGUAGUGGUAAAACAACAAACUCCAUCACCAAGUGGCUGCACACUUUGACCGAACCGUCUGAUGUGAAUAUGAUUGUUGUUUGCUUUCCACCUAUGUCGUUUGGCCUUUCGUCAUUUUCAAAGUUCAAAGAACCGCUGCAGAAGGCAAACGUUCACGCUCUUGUCGUCGUACCUCCUGGUUGGUCAGGAAGAGAAGGGGAACGAUGCAUUAAUGAUCUCGAGCUACUCGUCACGGAGGCUGUUAACGCCUUACUUCCUCAUCUUGAGCAAAGUCAAUUCGUCUUCUACGGUCACAGCUUUGGAUCACUGAUUGCUUACGAAGUAGCCAAUCGUUUGCAAACGACACACGGCCUCUCUCCUUUGCGCUUAUUCGUGGGUGCUUGGUAUGCUCCUCAUCUCUCCGCUCUUCAUGUCAACAGCUUCAGCUUUCCUCCAGCUAUAUUUCAACCCUCUACUUCUGUGUCGGACACACUCAAGUACGCUCAGCAGUUGCCAUUUAUCGAAAAAAAUCCCAUGCUCUUCAAACGACAACACCCGGUUGCUGUUGCUCGAUUUCGAAAUCAAAUGUUGCCGUGCAUCGAGGCAACCUUCAAUAUGAGUCUCCGGUAUGUGGGAGACAACGGACGACUGUUGUGCGGUAUCACUGCCUUCAGUGGCAAAGAAGAUGCUUUCGUCAGCUCGGAACACGUCGUAGCUUGGAAAGAAAAUGCAGUGGAUUAUCAAUCAUUCGAACACAUCUCCGUACCUGGCGGUCACAACUUUUUGCAUUCUCUUCCAAAACAAGUUCUAGUUGCUAUUGUUAGAUCGAUCACAUCAUUGCAGAAUCAUUCGAUCCAUACAAACUAGGACAGCACGAACAGAAUGAAGCAAGGAGACAAUAGUUGGAAUAUCUAGUAGCAAUUUUUGUAGCUUCAUGUUAGUGAUUGUGUCAAAUAUUUAGCGUUUAUUUGUGGUAAUAAUUUUGGUAUGCUAUAGAUGUACAACCUUGAGUCGAACGGUUGUAGCUCAAAUGUUUUUUUGCUAGUUCGGCGAGCAUUUUACUGGCAAUCAUUAGCAAUAGAGUGAUUUGUGUUGU